AUGUCAACAGCUCAAUCAGCCUCUUCUGCCGAUGCGGCGCCUUCCCUAGAUGUCUUACCUGAUCUUAUUCCAGACGCCUCCCCAAUGUCCGAUCCAUCACUUAACUCUACACCAGCUCAGGAUUCUAUCCGAAAAGAAUAUUUCACCUCAAAGGCUGAUCGUGCGCUUCAGCAUGAUCUCCCCUUCCGACCCAAUAUCACAAGGUCGAUUAUUGCAUCUCAAGUCGAGGAUCAAAGGAAAACUUACGACUAUAAUCGAGUAACAAUCAACGGAAUUCUUAGUCAAGAAUUAAACCCCACUCAUGCAAUGUUCAACUCUGUGCCAUUUGUACCAACCUCAGGAGGACCCUGCUUCGCUAAUCCUGCGCAGUCUUUUUGGUAUCGCAGCACCAUUACUCAAUUUUCGGACUUGCUCGAAGACGCAUCCUACUCCCCUACAAUCAAAGCACAGUACAUGGACUUCUUCAAUCAUUUUGUUGUUCCGGCCUUGGGACCUAUACCCUCUGUUGAAGCUCCCUGGACACCUCACCUUACUCAUGAUGCAUCUCCAUUCGAGCCCUCCUGGAAUGUCAACGGCCAAGAGUAUUUCACCCCAAAUCAUCAGAUAGGCUUCACUUUUGAGCCAAUUGGCCCACUUGCUGGCACUGGCGAGGAUCCCUUCAAUCAACUCGUGCCCGCAUUCUUCGUCUCGUCCUUGGCAAGUUCUAACAUCUGUCCGAACCUUGAUCUUGGAUGGUGGUAUCACUUCAUGAUCGAGCUCUUCGUACCUUCUGGAGAAAAUCAGCGAGCCUAUGAGCUUCUCUCGUCACGCGAUGCUCCGCCAACAUGCUUCCUAGCCUUCGAUCUGCCCACAGAGGACUUUGCACCAGUCAUGAAGCCAUAUCUGUUCCCACAAAGAAGAGCUCUGUUGGAUGGCAAGACCAACACCGAAGUCCUCUUAUCGGCUGUCAUGAAGCUACACUCGCCCACCAUGUCUUUGCUCCCUGCAGUAAAGAACAUCGAAACAUUCCUAUCAUCCAGCAAACAAGACCUCAUCGAAACCAACAACAAGCCAUCAAAUCUAGAGUGUGACCGCGACGAAAUGAGCCUCGAGAUGGUAUCCUUCGACUGCAUCCACACUUCCGAAAACCCUCGCAUCAAGCUCUACCUCAAAACACACAAUACAUCGUUCUCAAACAUCAAACACAUCUACACCUUCGGCGGCGAGCGCUGUUCCCCUGAAACAGGCAAAGCUCUCGAACUCUUCAAGCAGUUCUGGGAAUGCCUUACAGGUCUCGAAGGAGAGUGGAAAAGCUCCUCAGAGCAAACUGCCUCUUUCCUCUAUUUCGGCCUCGAGAUUGCUCAUGGACGAGAGAUUCCAGAUGUGAAGAUCUAUAUCCCGGCUUGGGCUUGUGGUGUCUCGGACCAAGGUGUGCGCGAAGGCUUGAAGAACUUCUUCUUGGCGAGAGGGUGGGGAUUAGGAGAGGUGUAUGAGAAGAUGGGGAAGGGACUUACUCAUACGUAUCUCAGUCUUGCGUAUGAUGAAGAAAAGGGCGUGAACGUGACUAUGUCUUAUUCUCCUGUUAUGGAAAGAUUAUGA